UGCCACCGGGCGGCUCCUCUCCACCAAUCAGCGCCUCGCCUUUUCUCCUCUUCCUGUCGUGCCGCUCUAGGACGCCGUUGCCGGGUAACCGGGCCGGAAGUAGGCCUCAAGCCCGGACAAUAGGCGGCCAUGGCGGCGGUUGGCGGCUGCCGCGCGAGGCCUCGGCCGGGGCUGAUGCUCCUGCUCCCGCUCCUCCUCGCCCAGGUGGGUGCCGAGUUCGGGAUGGUGCGCGUCUUCCCGGAGAAGGGCGGCCCCAAAGGGAAGGACUACUGCAUCCUCUUCAACUCCCAGUGGGCCCACCUCCCCCACGACCUGGGCAAAGCCUCUCUGCUGCAGCUGCAGGACCAGACGCUGUCUGUGCUGUGCGCGCCCUCGGACGUGCCGGCGGGGGGCUUUGGCAACGCGGUGCCCAUGGUCCUGCGCGGGAACUGCACCUUCUACGAGAAGGUCCGACUGGCCCAGGUCAACGGCGCCCGCGGGCUGCUCAUCGUCAGCCGAGAGAAGCUGGUCCCUCCGGCCGGGAACGCGAGCCAGUACGAGGAGAUUGACAUCCCGGUGGCGCUGCUGAGCUACGCCGACAUGCUGGACAUCGGGCGGAGCUUUGGCCGCUCGGUCAAGGUGGCCAUGUACGCCCCCAACGAGCCCGUCCUGGACUACAACAUGGUCAUCAUCUUCCUCAUGGCCGUGGGCACCGUGGCCGUGGGCGGAUACUGGGCCGGGAGCCGGGACGUCAAGAAGCGCUACCUGAAGCACAAGCGUGACGACGGGGCGGAGAAGCAGGACGACGAGACGGUGGACGUGACGCCCAUCAUGAUCUGCGUGUUCGUGGUCAUGUGCUGCUCCAUGCUGGUCCUGCUCUACUGCUUCUACGACCAGCUCGUCUACGUCAUCAUUGGGAUCUUCUGCCUGGCGGCCUCCAUCGGCCUCUACAGCUGCCUCUCGCCCUUCGUCCGGCGCUUCCCCCUCGGCAAGUGCAGGGUCCCCGGCAACAGCCUGCCCUACUUCCACAAGCGCCCCCAGGUCCGCAUGCUGCUCCUGGCCGCCUCCUGCAUCGCCGUCAGCCUCGUCUGGGCCGUCUUCCGCAACGAGGACCAGUGGGCCUGGAUCCUGCAGGACGCGCUGGGCAUUGCCUUCUGCCUCUACAUGCUGAAGACCAUCCGGCUGCCCACCUUCAAGGGCUGCACGCUGCUCCUCCUGGUCCUCUUUGUGUACGACGUCUUCUUUGUCUUCAUCACGCCCUACCUGACCAAGACCGGGGAGAGCAUCAUGGUGGAGGUGGCCGCCGGGCCCACAGACUCACUCACCCAUGAAAAGCUCCCGAUGGUGCUGAAGGUCCCUCGCCUGAACUUCUCCCCGCUGGCCCUCUGCGACCGGCCCUUCUCCCUCCUGGGCUUCGGGGACAUCCUGGUCCCAGGCCUGCUGGUGGCCUAUUGCCACAGGUUCGACAUCCAGGUCCAGUCCUCGCGCGUGUAUUUCGUCGCCUGCACCAUCGCGUACGGGAUCGGCCUGCUGGUGACGUUUGUGGCGCUGGCUGUGAUGCAGAAGGGCCAGCCGGCGCUGCUCUACCUGGUGCCGUGCACCCUCCUCUCCAGCCUGGCCGUGGCCCUCGCCCGCAGGGAGCUCCCCAUGUUCUGGACCGGCAGCGGGUUCGCGAAGGACCUCCCCCCGCCCCCCUUGGUGGUCUCCCCCCCUCCGGAGACCCCCGCCCCCCCUCCUCCCCCUCCUCCUGCUGUGGCCCCGAAAGAGGAGGAAGAGGAAGAGCAAGGGCAGGAAGAGGAGGAAGCAGCUUCUCUGGCAGCUGGAGGCGAUGCCGAAGAUGAGGGGCCGCCACCGCCGGCAGGAGAGGCCCCGGAAGAAGAAGAGGAGGAGGAGGAGGAGGAGGGGGAGCCCGGCCCCCCACGGAGCCCCCAGAGAGGAGGGACCGGACCGGACCAGGGGGGCCCCGCGGAAGGGCACAACGGACCCCCCAACUAGCCCCUCCCUCCCUCUCGUGCCGGGGGGGGGCAGGGCUGGGUCGGGGUUCGGACCCCGGCCUCGGCCAGCGGCAUCGCCCCCCCCCUCCUUCCAUCCACCUAUCCUCCCACCUGUCCUUCUUUCUCUCCUUCCUUCCUUCCAUUUAUCCUUCUUUCCUUCCAUCAUUCCAUCCAUUCUCCCAUCUAUCCUUCUAUUCUUCCUUCUAUUCUCUCUCUCUCUCUCCCUUCCUUCCUCGUUCCCUCCCUCCUUUCCUUCCAUCCAUCCAUCCUUCUAUCCACCCUUCCUCCCUCCUAUUCUCUCUUCCUUCCUUCCUUCCUUCCUUCCUUCCUUCCAUCCAUCCUUUUUUCCUUCCUUCCAUCCAUCCUUCCUUCCUUCUAUCCACCCAUUCUCCCAUCUAUCCUUCCUUCCUUUCAUACAUCCAUCUUUCCUUCCGUCUAUCCUUCCUUUCCUCCUUUCUAUUCUUCCUUCCUUCCUUCCUUCCUUCCUUCCUUCCUUCCUUCCUUCCCAUCCCAUCCCAUCCCAUUCCUUCCCUUCCUGAAUAUGGUGCUUUCCACAACGAGGGUCCUGGUACAAUUUCAGUGGCGGCGCCGGCGGCACAGGGGGCGCCAGCGCAGCCCCCUCCCUCCCUCCCUCCCUCCCUCCCUCCGCUCCCCACAAAGAGAGAGAAACACAAACACUGUUGUGCGCUUGGCUUUGGGAGAGACUCGGACUCGGACCCCGGGCCCUGCACAGAAGAGGAGGAGGAGGAGGAGGAGGAGGACCCCCACUUGUGGGUCUCGUUCCCCACUUGACCGGCGCCUCAACGGAGACAGAUCAUGACGGUCUCCCCGGAUCCGGUGUCAGGAGCAGGAUGGGGGUCUCCAUGGACUUGGGGGUCUUUUGAGUGGGUGGGGGGCUCCUCUCAAGGUGUCUCUGAACUUGUCUGUGUUCCUUCAUUAGCUCCGACAGAGAGACAGACAGACAGACAGACAGACAGAGAGAGAGAGUCAGCGCAGGAACUGAGACCCCUCCCCAGAUAAGUCUUAACUCUCUCUUUUGGGGUGGGAUUCGCCCCUCUUCUGUUUUGUUUUGGGGGGUUUCUGUGGGGUCUCCUUUGCGUAUCCUCCUCCCUUUGUCUCUCGUCGUCGCAUCCGUCUGUCCGUCACCCCGUGUCCCCCCCCUCCGUGUCCCCCCCCCCCCCCCCCCCGUCCUUUGCUUUCGUUUUUUCUUUUCCGAGGAGCCUCCUUUUCUAGAAAGGUGUUUUGUUCUCGGCGACAGGCAGGCAGGCAGGCAGGCAGGCAGGCAGGCGCUUGCUCGUCCUUAGACACUACGGGAUUAUGCCUUAAUUUAAGCCAUUUUAUACAUAACGAUGAUGACGGUGAUGAUGUAUGCGGAACGGACGCCCGGCCUUUCGCGUCGGGCGAGAACGAGAAUAAUAAUAAUAAUAAUAAAACUUUGACGGAAGACA